UUUGCCUCUUCCUCGACAUAACAAUUUUUCCCCCUUCUUUUCCUCUAUCUUUUUGCCAUUGGUUUUAGUGUCAUGGUCUAGAGUCUUAAUGAUUAUGGUCUAGAGUCUUAAUGAUUACUCUGAGCUGUAUGGGAUCUAUUUUCGAAAAAUCUAUAUAUCGGAUCACCCAUGUAUGUUGUUAAACUUCUCGUCAAGUAUGUGUGAAAAGAAACUAAUGUACGCAAUUUGUUUUUCAAGAAUAUGUAUUUGGAAUAUGUUAGCUUGCUUGAGGGUCUGAAAAAGGUAGAUUAUCAAGAUGAGUCUAGUAGUGGAAAACAUGACUUAAUAUAAUGCUCCAUGCUAGCUGCUACAUGAUUAUUAUGUUGUUUAAUGUCCAUGUUUUUUGACGUCUGUUCAUUUUUUCAGAGCUGGAAUAAUGAUAGUGUGGAAGCUGAGAUGGAAAAGGUUUCAUCAAUUGUUAAAGGACUGAGGUCAAAGAGGACAUUGUUGCCUCCAAAGGAGAGAUUUGCAAGGCUAGAAGCGUUUGUGCUUUGCCGGACAACUGAUACCGUGGAGACCAUAAAUAAACGCAAAAUGGAGAUUUGUACUCUAGCUACAUUGUCAUCUUUGAAGGUCUCAAGUGACAGUGAUGCAACUCCAACUCGGUGGCUGACAAAAAUAGUGGAUGAUUCUGUUACAGUUUUUCUAGAGGAAAAAGGGACUACUAGUAACUCAGAGACUGAAGUUGAAAGGCUUGAAAAGAAGAGAGAAGAGACGAGGAAGUAAGUGAAAUUUCAUAGAGUAUUAUUGUUUGUUUGCAAAAUUGUUUUUCUAACUAGUAGAAUAAGUGCCUCUGAAUUUCUCCCCGGAGCUAAACAAUCUGUAUUUUCUGUCAAACAGAAGCAAACAAGACGCUUUUCCGUUUAAAGAAAAAAUUUAGUAUAUAUAGCUUUUUAGCUUGCAAAAACAGGUUAGGAAAGAUGCUGAAGAUAUUGUGUAAAAGAUCAAUUUAGGUUUUCACUAGAUGUUAAUAUACAACUGGCAUGUUAUUCCUUUGAUUAAUCCGAAAUCAUGUUCCUCCUUUCCCCCCUGUGUUCUGCAAGUGAGUGCUUUCAUCCCAAGGUAUUUGUACCAACUUCUGUUCAAUUAGUGCUUCCGUUUGAAGAAUAGUGCAGAAUGACAUUUGGCUUUUGUUCACUCGGCUGUCUUCAUUCAAAAGUGGACUCAAGUGGAUAUUGUGAAAUUUGAGUCAGUUUAUAUUGUGAAGUUCACAAGCAGUUCAAUUUGCCAUGUACAAUGUACUAAAUCUUUCUUCUUUUGCGGGCAAUGUGAGAACUUAAGCAAAAUCAUGAGUGCCUCUGGCUACAAAGAGAAAGUUCCGCCUAACAUCCAUGAAGACAAUACAGUGAAACUUAGUGUCCUAAAGCAAGAAAUGAAAUCAAUUGAAGAAAAUAUUGAGCAUCCCAUGUUAAAUUGAGUCGCAAAAUAUUCAGUCUCAUAUUUGUGAUAUACCAAAGUGGUUUUUGUAACUUUUCUUUUCCAACACUUAUAAUAUUUUUGUAACGUUAUUGAAGUUGGUAUAGAUGGGCUAUUUCCUACUAAAAUUCUCUUGUAAAUAAUAUUUUACCAAUUAAGCAACAACU